UUAACAUAAAACGUCAAAGAACAAUAGGGAAAAUACGUUUCUCGUUCCUCAUUUUCUCCUCAUUACGAUUCUGACAUUCGCAUAAUAUGCCUUAUGCAGAAGCCAAUUAUGCGACGUCGGUAGAUGCGAGAAAGCUGUCCGCUUGCUCGACCGAGAGCAUUUUUAGCGGACGCCCGGAGCACAACUCCGGUGAAGUUGAAAGUUCGCGAGAUAUGGGGAAACGCCAGUAGCGGGAAACUAGACGACGUUUUGACCGAACCUGGCCAGAUAGGCGCGUCGUUCGCACCGUUCGUGCCGUUUGAAUGGCAUCCCUUUGAAUCGGAGAGUUCGUGUUCUUUAUGGAGUUCAGUGAAACGAUGGAAAACCACUCGUACAUUUCCGAAGCGUUGAAUCAUAUAGCUUCAAAUCCAUCCAUCGUUCUUCUCUCAACAUGCUUCCUCCUCAUCUACUUGUACUUCAGAAUGGCUCACACCUACUGGGAAUCCAGAGGAGUGCCACAGGACAACCCGUCUUUUCCUUUCGGAGACAUGGCUAGCGUUAUCUUCCGUCGUCAGAACUUGGCGAGCAAACUGAAGCAGGUAUACGACCGAGCCCGAGCUCAAGGUCACAAAUACGUAGGACUCUACUUCUUCAGCAGGAAGGCAAUUUUGCUGGUCGAUCCCGUGCUCAUAAGAGCCUUCUUAGCCCAUUUUCAUAAUAGAGGAUUGUACUACGACGAAAAAAACGAUCCACUCAGUGCGCAUCUGUUCUCGCUGUAUGGACCGAAGUGGAAGAGACUGAGGACCAAAUUGGCGCCUGCGUAUUCGCCGAAGCAACUGAGGGGCAUGUUCGGAGUCAUGUUGGACUGUGGUUUGAAGCUGAGGGAUAUUCUUGGGGAAAACGCUGGUAAAGGUCAACCACUGGAAAUCAGAGAAACCAUCGGCAGAUACACCAUGGACGUUAUAGGCUCAUGCGCCUACGGCCUAGAAUGCAACACGAUGCUGAACCCCGACGCAGAGUUUCGUCUCAUGGGCAAAAGAGCCUUCACCCAAACGGUCGGCGACCUCCUACGUAUAAUAAUCAUCAGAUCCUUCCCGAAGCUGGCGGGAAUCCUGCGUAUAGGAAUCUUCUCGUCUAACGUCACAUCCUUCUUCAGGAGGGUGGUCAGAGAAACGAUCACGUACAGGGUGGAGAACAAAGUACGCCGAGACGAUUUCCUGCAGAUCCUCAUCCAGCUCAUGGACAACGUCGACCUGGACGUGCCAUCUGGUGCGACGGCAGGAAGCGCGUUAACCAUGGACGAGGCCGCUGCGCAGGCGUUCAUAUUCUUUCUCGCUGGCUUCGAAACCACCUCCACCACGACCAGUUUCGCCAUUUUCGAGAUGGCGAUGAACGACGAGAUCCAGGAGAAGGCAAGGUCGGAAGUAAAGAGGGUCUUCGAGAAGCAUGGGGGAGUAUGGAGUUACGACGCAGUUCAGGAAUUGACCUAUCUGGAUAUGGUUCUUCAAGAGACCUUACGGAAGUAUCCAGCAGCCCCGGUCUUCAUCAGGAAAUGCACCGAGAACUAUUACAUACCCGACAGUAACGUAUUGAUAGAAGAAGGUGUGGACAUCCUGGUGCCAUGCUUUGCCUUGCACAGGGACCCGGAGUAUUUUCCAAAUCCGGACCGCUUCGAUCCCGACAGAUUUGCCGAGCAGGAAAACCGACCCAAGAUUUGGGAUUACGCGUAUAUUCCUUUCGGGGAUGGACCAAGGAUAUGCAUAGGUAUGCGCUUCGCCAUGCUCCAAAUGAAGAUUACCUUAUCCAUUCUACUUCAAAACUAUGUCUUCCAUAUAAACUCCAAAACAAACCUACCUAUCGUCAUGGAAAAGAAAGGCAUCCUGUUAUCACCAAUAGGAGGUAUAUGGAUGAACCUUGAAAGUGUUCAAUAACUAGUCCAGAAGAUAAAUUUUAAGCUUUAAUCUAAAGAACCAAAUAAUUUUUUAUGAAUUUGAUGAAAGAAUAAAAAAUCGAAAUAUUUCCU